AUGAGUUCUUCGUAUUAUGUGAACGCUCUUUUUAGCAAAUAUACGACGGGGGCUUCUCUUUUCCAAAAUGCAGAGCCUACUUCUUGCUCCUUUGCAACCAACUCUAGAAGCGGCUAUGGACCAGGGGCUAGUGCUUUCACCUCCUCCAUGCCUGGCUUGUACAAUGUGAACAGUACCAUAUAUCAAAACCCGUUCUCUUCCGGAUACAGCCUGGGCUCAGAUGCCUACAACCUGCAUUGUUCCUCUUUUGAUCAGAACAUUCCCGUCCUCUGCAAUGAUCUAACCAAAUCCAGCUGUGAGAAAGCGGAGGAAAGCAACCUGCACAGCCAGGCUGAGGCUAAUUUCCGGAUAUACCCCUGGAUGAGGUCUUCAGGUCCAGAUAGGAAGCGAGGUCGGCAGACGUACACCCGCUACCAGACCCUGGAGCUGGAGAAAGAAUUCCACUUUAACCGCUAUCUGACUCGCAGGCGGAGAAUAGAGAUCGCCCAUGCUCUGUGCCUAACUGAAAGGCAGAUCAAAAUCUGGUUCCAAAACAGGAGGAUGAAAUGGAAGAAAGAGCAUAAAGAAGAGAGCUCCAGCACUCCAGCGACCAACGAGAACACGUCAGCAACAGCGUCUGUGGAGAAAGUGGAAGAAGAGGAGGAAGAAGACGAGUAAAGCUCCCAUUUGAUGAAGCAAUCUCUAGUAUUAUGUAUGCACGUGACAGUUGUAAAAGCUCUCUUUAAAAAAAGACUUACUGUUUUAUUUUAAAAAUUCUGUUCCCUUUAAUGAACAUCUUGAAACCGAGCAUUUUCAAACAUUAAAAGGUCCCCUGAUUUGUCUUCCAGUCCCCACCUCCCCAAACCUCCCACAUUUCCUGUCCAACUUAUUUGGAAUCUCUCAUAAGAUUAUCCUAAUCAUUUUAUUUUCGUUUGCCCAAAUCUUGGUGUAUUUUGCAUGGUUACAUUUGCGUGAGAGAACUGCUACUUGCACAUGCAGAAAAACGUUAACUUCCAGCAUAACUACCUGACUCAAUUAGUCCCAAUCAGUUGUUAAAGGGUAAGUGCAUUAGGGUCACAUAAAAAAACUACCUAAUUUAGAAUAAAUAGUUCUGCACUUCCUGUUUCCUUUUAUUUCAAAGGAUCACAACAAACAGGCAACAUUAAACAGCAAGUGAAAAAAAUCCUGUAAAAAUAAUGAAACAGAAACCACUACAUCCUACAACAAUUAUUUGUACUACCUAUUUUCCAGACUACCUAUUUCUCG